UCCUAUAAAUCCGCUAUAAAGCAGAGCUCACCUUAGAGUCAAAGCAAUAAUCGUUGAUCUUUCUCAAUAAGGGGCCACAUACCCAUUUAACUCCCCAUUCACCUUCUCUCUCUAGAAUUUCGCGGAAGGGGAUACCAGAUCAGAAAUUCAAAUUCUGGGUUUGAGCUCCCUGGCAAUUUUUACUGUGCGCAAAAUAUGGAUAUCAUAACUGAAGACAUGAUCAAGCAGUUUCAGACAUUGAUUGAACAGAUUGAUGAGCCACUUAGGAUUACCUUCAAGACUAUACAUCAAGGAUAUCCAACUGAAACUCUGGUGCGGUUUCUCAAAGCAAGGGAUGGGAAUGUUUCCAAAGCCCAUAAAAUGAUGGUUGACUGCUUAAACUGGAGGAUACAAAAUGAGAUUGACAAUAUAUUGGCGAAACCAAUCGUUCCUAGUGAUUUGUACAGAGCAGUUCGGGAUUCACAGCUAAUAGGAAUGUCAGGUUACUCAAAAGAGGGUCUUCCAGUCAUCGCUGUUGGUGUAGGGCUCAGCACGUUUGACAAAGCAUCCGUUCACUACUAUGUUCAGUCCCACAUCCAAAUGAAUGAAUACAGGGACCGUGUUAUAUUGCCCGCCGCAACAAAGAAGUUUGGACGGCAUAUUGGUACCUGUGUGAAGGUUCUGGACAUGACUGGGCUAAAGCUUUCAGCACUCAACCAAGUUAAGCUAUUGACUGUCAUAUCGACCAUCGAUGACCUCAACUAUCCCGAGAAGACGGAUACAUAUUACGUUGUUAAUGCACCAUACAUAUUUUCAGCAUGCUGGAAGGUUGUUAGGCCUCUUUUGCAUCAGAGAACCAGGAACAGAGUUCAGGUGCUGCCAGGUUCUGGUAGAGACGAGUUAUUGGCGAUAAUGGAUUAUGCAUCUCUCCCGCAUUUUUGUAGAAGAGAAGGGUCUGGAUCAGCUCGGCAUUCUGGUAACGGAAUGACAGAUAAUUGUUUCUCCUUGGACCAUGUUUUCCAUCAACAGCUCUAUCGUUACAUCAAGCAGCAAGCUGCGCUUGUAGAGGCACCAAUUAGACAAGGUUCAGUCCAUGUGGAUUUCCCUGAACCAGACCCUGAAGAUGCCAAAAUUGCCGAAACCAUAGAAUCCGAGUUUCAAAGGCUUGAGGAUCAUCAGAAUGGGCUUUCCAAGUCCAACAGCAACCAUAGAAUGAAUGGUGACUGAAAGCUCGAGGAAGACGAGCCUUUUUAAGGGCUCAGGUGAUAUGUAGUAGUACAACAGUUCGUUGAUUACUUACAAUAACUUGCAUUGAACGAGGGUAUUAAUUUAGGGAUGACAUAGCAAUUCCUUGCAUCAGCUCACUGCAGAUUUGGUAGCAGAAAAGCUGGUUGCAUGUAGCUUUGGCAUUACCAUUCACGGGUAUACAAUUGUAUUGAUGACCAGAACAUGACGGACUCAAACAUGAAUUUGUUCGCUUUUUACAACCGUCUGAGACGGAGACAACAGUUGGCAGCAAUGUUAAUGGAUUUAUGAA